UACCGUCGAUUCCUUUUGUCUCCUCGUUCUCCGCAGUGUUAUCAGCUCCCUUAAACUUGACUCUCCCCUUACCAUGGCAGGGUUUUCCGGAUCACUGUAACCAAACACUAACCUUUCUGCCAUUUUUCUCAGGUAAAUUUUACUUUGUCUCUUAUUUUUCUCGAGAAAGUUAGGCUUUGGUUUUCGAUAAUACGUGGAUAAUGAGCUUCCGGGAUCUCGAGGCGGGCCGCCCCUCGGCUUUGAGGCGCAAUCGCAUCAAUGGCAAGCAGGACUCCACUCAAGCCGUCGCCUCCGGGAUCUUCCAGAUCAACACCGCAGUGUCCACCUUUCAGAGGCUCGUCAACACGCUCGGCACCCCAAAGGACACGCCCGAACUGCGAGAGAAGCUGCACAAGACAAGGCUACAUAUUGGGCAAUUGGUGAAGGAUACUUCAGCUAAACUUAAACAAGCAAGUGAAAUAGAUCAUCAUGCAGAAGUUAACGCCAGCAAAAAAGUUGCCGAUGCUAAACUUGCAAAAGACUUUCAAGCAGUGCUGAAAGAAUUUCAGAAGGCUCAACGUCUGGCAGCUGAGCGGGAAACAGCAUACACUGCUUUUUCUCCCCAAGCAAUUCUUCCUUCCAGCUACACGGCCAGUGAGAUACAUGCAAAUUCAGAUAAGAGUCCAGAACAGCGUGCUCUUCUCGUGGAAUCUAGAAGACAGGAGGUCUUGCUGUUGGACAAUGAGAUUGCCUUCAAUGAGGCUGUAAUUGAGGAAAGGGAGCAAGGUAUACAAGAAAUCCAGAAUCAAAUUGGUGAAGUGAAUGAGAUCUUCAAAGAUCUUGCCGUGCUGGUUCAUGAGCAAGGAGCUAUGAUUGAUGAUAUUGGCUCCAAUAUCGAGAGUUCUCAGGCUGCCACUUCACAAGGGAAAUCUCAACUUGUGAAAGCAUCGAAGACCCAAAGAUCAAAUUCAUCCCUGGCGUGCUUGCUCUUGGUGAUAUUUGGGAUUGUGCUUCUCAUUGUGAUCAUAGUACUUGCAGCUUAAUCCAAUUGUCGAGCAAAACUUGGCGGUGCUCAGCAACAAGAUAGUAUCCCUUUAUUAAUUUCUUUUAAAAGUAUUAUUUUACGAGACAUCAUGGCUGACUGAAGUGUGUCACUUCUAGUGCAAGCUGGUACAUAAAUAGGGUGUCUGCUUACUGUAUUUGGAUGCUUUCAUGGGGUGGGAUAAUUGUUCUCCUCUAAGGUGUUUGGGGGUUUCAGGAUGUGUUACAGCUAAUUGUGUAAUUGUCCUUUAUCCUAUAUAUAAUUAAAUUCGUUA